AUGGUGCCUCCCACUAAGUCCGGAAAGAAGACCGCCGCCAUGCCCUACCCCCAGGGCAAGGCUGGUGCUGGCAAGAAGGCCGCCAAGAACCCUCUCAUUGAGAAGCGUUCCCGCAACUUCGGCAUCGGCCAGGACAUCCAGCCCAAGCGCAACCUGUCCCGCUUCGUCAAGUGGCCCGAGUAUGUCCGUCUUCAGCGCCAGAAGAAGAUCCUGAACAUGCGUCUGAAGGUUCCUCCUUCAAUCGCUCAGUUCCAGGCCACUCUGGACCGCAACACCGCUGCCCAGACCUUCAAGCUCCUCUCCAAGUACCGCCCUGAGACCAAGGCCGAGAAGAAGGAGCGUCUCGUCCAGGAGGCUACCGCCGUCUCCGAGGGCAAGAAGAAGGAGGAUGUCUCCAAGAAGCCCUACCACGUCAAGUACGGUCUCAACCACGUCGUCGGCCUGGUCGAGAACAAGAAGGCUUCCCUCGUCCUCAUCGCCCACGAUGUCGACCCCAUUGAGCUCGUUGUCUUCCUGCCCGCUCUCUGCCGCAAGAUGGGUGUCCCCUACGCCAUCGUCAAGGGCAAGGCCCGUCUCGGUACCGUCGUCCACAAGAAGACCUCCGCCGUCCUGGCUCUCACUGAGACCCGCUCCGAGGACAAGGCCGAGUUCGCCAAGCUCCUCUCCGCCAUCAAGGAGGGUUACACCGACAAGUACGAGGACUCCCGCCGCCACUGGGGUGGUGGUAUCAUGGGCUCCAAGGCCAACGCCCGCAUUGAGAAGAAGCAGAAGGCUCUCGAGGCCGCCAUCAAGGUCUAA